AUGGAGCCUUUUGUGAUGAUGAAGCGCGGCAGCAUGUUGCCGGCAUCGGUUGUGGAGGAGAUCCUGACCUCCGCCGCCGCCGCGAGUGCAGAGGCACCCAAUCGAGCCCUCAAGCGACGCGUCCGUCAAAGGCUGCACAAGAAGCUCGGGUCCAUGUUAACCUCCGAGGAGUUUGAGAAAGCUAUCGACCGCUACAAGGUCCUGGAAGAGGAGCAAACCGGAGAGGCCUCUGGGGCUUCGGCUUCGCCCUGCGCAUCGUUGCCGACACCAUGCCAGGGAAGUUCUUCUCCGGGCAUGUCUCAAGGCAACUCAGCGUGUCCAACGAACCCGGCGAGCAGCACUUCUCCGACGUUCAUCGCGGUGCCGAUGAUGAUGCCCAUGACCACCAUGCAGAUGCAAGUUCAGCAGCCCCGACGCUUCCUGCCCACAGCUCCUUCUCAGCCUUUGCAGUUGCAGAUGAGGCCCAUGCAUCCCCUGAUGCAGAGCUCCCAGCCUGGUCCUGCACCAGUGCUGCAGACUCCCGGUAUCCAGGCCGUCUCAGACCAGAGCACGGUGGCCCCAAAGGCGCAGAAUGGGCCUCAUGAGAGAUCAGAGAGCACCUCGCAGACUACCGAGUCGGCUAUUGAUGACGACGACCUAGAGAGCAUCAGCGAGCUGAGCACGGAGUGGGCUCGGGCAGUUUCCUACGGUUCUUCGGUGUGUCCGGUGGAGCGGACCUUCAUCCAGUUCCACACUCGCAUAGCUGGAAGGCACCGACGAUCGAGGUCCGUCUAG